AUGCAAUCUGUUUCAGUCAUUGUUGCUUAUAGGGGAAAAUGGAGUCUAGAAAAUCAAUAUACAAAUUUUGGUUUUCACUCAGUUUUUAUUCCAGAGGAUGCUUCUUUGAAGUUUUUACAGGAGUGUUUAUGUGAGGAGCUGAAUCUUGAGUUGUUUGGUUUUAAUGCUGGUGUUCAUUCUUUAUUACUUUUUGUGGGAAGGAAGUUGAAGGACCUAAUUAAAAUUGUUUCGGACCUUAAGAGGGAUGAUGAUGUUAAGUUGUUUUUAAACUUGGUUCGACACAGUAAGGAAGCUCUUGGAUUCCCGUUGGUAAUAGAUUUUGUUAGUGGCUCCGUUAGUGCAGUGGGAUCUAUUUCUUCUUCAUCUUGUUUUAUUAGUUCAAGAGAUGAGGCGUCAUCUUCUAAUGUUGAUGGUUCCGUUUGUCAAUUUGAAGAUGAUAUUGAUGUUGCGAUGAAUAAUUUUUUGAUUGAAGAUUUGGAUAUUUCAAAGUUACCUAUGUCGUUUGAUGUGAAUGUAGGCAAUCAAUUCAUGAGCAAGUCGGUUCUCAAGAAAUUCAUGCAUGUAAUUGCUAUUAGGAGGCAUUUUGAAUUUAAAUCUGAAAGAUCUAAUAAUUCAUUUUAUGUUUUGGUUUGUAAAAAUAAGAGUUGUACUUGGAAGAUGCGUGCUGCUAAGGUUUCAAAUGGUAAUGUUUGGGCAGUGAAGAAGUAUAUUAAGGAACAUACUUGUUCACUUGAUGUUGCUAGUGCUGAGCAUCGUCAAGCAAAUAGUCGUAUUGUUUCAGAGUUUUUAAAGGGCGAUUUUAGCAUUGGGCAUGCAGACCGUUUGCGUCCUAAUGAUUUGAGGUAUAUAAUGCAUGGUAAGCAUGGUGUUGAGAUUAGUUACUACAAAACGCGAAUGGCUCGCCGAUAUGCGUUAGCAUCAAUGAGAGGAAGUGCAAUGGAGUCGUAUGCAUCCAUUCCUUUUCUGUGCAAUAUUUUCAAGGAGAGAUCUGUGACUUCUUAUGAGCUUGACAAUGAUGGGCGGUUCAAGCCUGUGAUCUCAAUUGAUGGCACUUUUUUGAAGAAUGAGUUUUCUGGGACCUUGCUUCUCUCUGCAGUUUUAGAUGCUGAUAAUCAUAUUUUUCCGCUUGGUUUUGCAAUUGUUGAUUCGGAGAAUGACUCCUCGUGGGAAUGGUUUUUUGAAAGGCUUAAGGAGGCCAUCGGAACUCGUGAAGAGCUUGUUAUUGUUUCUGACCGAAAGAGUAGUAUCCCUAAAGCAGUUGAAAAGGCAUACCGUAAGGAAGACUUUGGUUACUUCAUGCAUCAAUUGGAGGCAGUUCGACCAGCUAUUCAAAAUUAUUUGCUGCAAGUAGGAGUUGAAAAGUGGGCACAUGCUCACUUUGAGAGGAAGAGAUAUGAUGUCAUGAAGACUAAUAUCUCUGAGUCGUUGAAUAAUGUCUUAGUGAAUGCUAGGGAGUAUCCUGUUGAAGCUUUAAUUGAGCAUUUCAGAUCCCUUUUACAAAGAUGGUUUUAUGAGCGUCGUAAUAAGGCGGAUCAGACUUUUACAUACUUGAGUAAACAUGCAACUAAAUACCUUCGUGAUAGGGAAAAGAUUGCACGUUGUUUAUCUGUUCAACCCAUUGAUAUCAAUAAGUAUUAUGUUGUUGAUGGUUUAGUUGGUGAGAUGGUUGACUUGGUGGCAAGAACAUGUAGUUGUCUUGUUUGGCAAGCUGAUGAAUUUUCAUGUCCACAUGUUAUUGCAUCGAUUUGGAAAAGAAAUCUUGAUCCAGCAUAUUUUACUUCAUACUAUUACACCAACAAUGCAUUCAAAGCAACAUAUGAUGCUGCAAUCUAUCAUAUUACUAAUAUAUCAAAGUGGCAAAUUUCAGAGGGCAGUGAGGUGGAGGUUGUUCUUCCUCCUGAGUUUAAACGUGGCGCUAGGAGGCCAAGGAAGCAAAGAAUUCUUUCUAGUGGAGAAUGA